CAAAGACAGGACAGGUCUAUUGUACAUCAUAUUACCCUCUUCUUUGAUGUCUUUUCUUUUUCUUGUUUCCUUAUCAAUUUCCUUCCUCUUAAUGCUAUUUUAGCUUCUCGGUCUUUAUUUCUUUCGAUAUUCUGUUUGACAAAUGUAACAAACCAUGUUUGAAAUUAUUGCUGGUGAAUUAGACUAAAGGGCAUCAAAGGUUAGAAAAGUCAAUUCAGACAAAAAGCUUGAUUUACCUGAGGGUCAAUGAAGCGGUCAUCGCUUGAUGAAUUUUCUUAACAUAUUAAUAUCUGCUUUUGAAAAUAAACUAUAUUGAGUUUUGGUCACUUGAGUACACAUAUAUUUAGUUAAAUUGGUGGAAAUUAUGAGAUGCACACAAAUCCGGUGAUAAACUCCCUGCCUCCCUAUUGGCUGAGCCAGUCACAUGGAUGCCUAACUUUAUUCAGUUGACAGCAAGUAGGAGGGCUCUAUGGAAGGAGAAAAAAAGACAACACGAGAAAAAUUAGUAUUUUCUACCUUCAGAAAUUAAUGGCCAUGAGUUCGUAUAUGGUGAACUCUAAGUAUGUGGAUCCUAAAUUUCCUCCUUGCGAGGAAUAUUUACAGAAUAGCUACUUAGCUGAGCAGGGCUCCGACUAUUACAGUGCAUCGCAGGGCGCUGAUUUUCAGCAUCAGGGAAUCUAUCCACGGUCAAACUACAGCGAGCAGCCCUUUAGCUGUACCAAUGCCCAAGACUCUGCAGUGCAGCCGCGGGGUCAUGGACAGGAGCAAUCCGGCCCACCGAGCCACUUCCCCGGUCAAGCAGAGCAUUGUCUGCCGCCUCCAAUAUCCAACUCGCGAGCCUGCAGCCAGCAGCAAAACCUCAAAACCCCAAACGGGUCAGCAAUUAAACAGCCAGCAGUAGUUUAUCCCUGGAUGAAGAAAGUCCAUGUUAACUCGGUGAAUCCCAAUUCCACCGGAGGGGAACCUAAACGCUCCAGAACAGCCUACACAAGGCAGCAAGUCCUAGAACUGGAAAAAGAAUUUCAUUUUAACAGGUAUCUGACUAGGCGUCGUCGUAUUGAAAUAGCCCACACUUUGUGUCUCUCUGAACGCCAGAUCAAGAUCUGGUUUCAGAACAGAAGAAUGAAGUGGAAAAAAGACCACAAACUGCCCAACACUAAGGGCAGGUCUUCUUCUUCUGGUUCAAACCAGCAUUUACAGACUGUUUCCAAGGACCAUCAGACGGACUUGACAACUUUAUAGAAGAGGUGAAAUUUUCCAUUUCAUCUUUUGAUUCGAAACAGUACUGUACAUAACUGCCAUUAUCCAAGCAGAACCUGCAUGUAGCAGCUAAAGACUCAAGAGGGUCAUCUUGCUUUAAGGUACUGUUGUACAAAGGAGACAAAAUGACAAUACUUCGGACUUUAUUUGAAUUACCUACAUUAGCACAGCCUAAAAACUCUUCUUACAGGUAGUGGGAAGUGGGAAAAUAUUACGUGAGAUCUUCGGUCCAUAAAAAAGUAAUAAAUCAUUGAAAAUGAAACUGUGUUCAGUUUUGAAUUUUAAAGUUGAGAUUUGAUGCUAUAUUCCGGUAUUUUGCUUUUGUUGCCUUCUCUGCCCCAUACAAUUUCGGGAUUAUGCAUUUGGGCAAAUUCAAGACAGAAAUCUAUGGCUUAGUCUUUUAGGGAGACUAGCAUUUGUGAACUUUUUGUGCUGCUUUACAUUUCAUGGUGUGAUGAAAACACUUGCUCAUUUCCAUAACACCUCAGAACAAAUGCAUAGAAAUGAAGUGAAAACGGGUUAUUUUUUUCUGCUUAUGUUAGCGUAUUUAUUUAUUGUUAAUUA